ACUGUUCAGAUCCAUAAUGGAUGAAACACAAACUUCUGGAGAUUAAGAUUUGUUUCCAGCACACAGUUCAUCAGAAGAGAUCAGAAGCAGAGUCCAGCUGUGUGUCUGUGAAGAGUGACGCGUCUAUGGAUCCGCCAAUGAAGUUUAAGAGUGGAGAUACACGGCCUGAUCUCAGCUCAGUUCAUCAGAAGAGAUCAGAAGCAGAGUUCAGCUGUGUGUCUGUGAAGAGUGACUGGUCUAUGGAUCCACCAAUGAAGUUUAAGAGUGGAGAUACACGGCCUGAUCUCAGUUCAGUUCAUCAGAAGAGAUCAGAAGCAGAGUCCAGCUGUGUGUCUGUGAAGAGUGAUGCAUCUAUGAUUCAACCAAUAAUCUUUAACAGUGUAGAUACACGGCCUGAUCUCAGCAAAGAAGUCCUCAACACAUUUAGAUCAAAUCUGCUGAAGAAGUUUGUGUGUCUGUGUGAGGGAACAGCGUUGCAGAGAAACCCAACACUGCUGAAUGAGAUCUACACAGAGCUCUACAUCACAGAGAGUGAGAGUGGAGAGAUCAGUAGUGAGCAUGAGGUGAGGCAGAUUGAGACACUAUCCAGGAGAGCAGCAACAGAGGACACAGCUAUCAAAUGCAGUGACAUCUUUAGAGCUUUACCUGGACAAGACAAAGCCAUCAGAACUGUGCUGACAAAGGGAGUCGCUGGCAUUGGAAAAACAGUCUCUGUGCAGAAGUUCAUCCUGGACUGGGCUGAAGGGAAAGAGAAUCAGGACGUCCAGCUCAUAUUUCCACUUCCUUUCAGAGAAAUCAACUUGAUGAAGGACAAAACACUCAGUCUUUCAGAUCUUCUUAAUUUCUUUUUCCCUGAAACUAAAGAAAUGGAAAUAUCCAGUGAUGAAUAUAAAGUGUUGUUCAUCUUUGAUGGUCUGGAUGAGUGUCGUCUGUCUCUGAACUUUAAGAGUAAAGUGAAACUGUGUAAUAUAUCUGAAUCAGCCUCAGUGGACGUGCUGCUGAUGAACCUCAUUGAGGGGAAUCUGCUUCCCUCUGCUCUCAUCUGGAUCACCUCCAGACCAGCAGCAGCUGAUCUCGUCCCCUCUGAGUGUGUCCAUCGAGUGACAGAGGUACGAGGCUUCAAUGAGCCACAAAAGGAGGAAUACUUCAGGAAGAGAAUCAGUGAUCAGAGUCUGGCCGACAGGAUCAUCUCACAUCUGAAGUCAUCAAGGAGUCUCUACAUCAUGUGCCACAUCCCAGUGUUCUGCUGGAUCUCAGCUGCUGUUCUGGAGAAGAUGUUGAGUCAAGCAGAGAGUGGAGAGAUUCCCAAGACUCUCACUCAGAUGUACACACACUUCCUGAUCCUUCAGACCAACAUCAAACAUCAGAAGGACUAUGAGAAGAAGGUGACAGAUGAAGACAUGAUCCUCAAACUGGUGAAACUGGCUUUCCAGCAGCUUGUAAAAGGAAACCUGAUCUUCUAUGAUGAAGACCUGAGAGAGUGUGGCAUUGAUGAGACAGAAGCAUCAGUGUACUCAGGAUUGUGCACUCAGAUCUUCAGAGAGGAGUUGGGCUUGUAUCAGGGGAAAGUCUUCUGCUUUGUUCAUCUGAGCAUCCAGGAACAUCUAGCAGCUCUAUAUGUGCACCUCUCCUUUAAAAUCAACAGCAUCAAUGUCUUUGACCAAACCAAAAAGAGUAUGUGGUCUACGAUUUUUUAUGGGAAGUCAUUAUCUGAGCUGCAUCAGAGAGCUGUGGAUGAAGCUUUACAGAGUAAGAAUGGACAUCUGGAUCUUCUCCUGCGUUUUCUUCUGGGUCUCUCAGUGGAGUCCAAUCAGACUCUCUUACGAAAACUACUGACACAGACAGGACGCUGCUUCUACAACAAAGAGGAAACAGUUCAGUACAUCAAACAGAAGAUCAGAAAGAAUCACUCUCCAGAGAAAUCCAUGAAUCUGUUUCACUGUCUGAAUGAACUGGGUGAUGAUUCACUGAUGCAGGAGAUCCACGAUUAUCUGAAAUCUGGAGAAAUAAGAAAAGCCAACCUCUCGUCUUCACAGUGGUCAGCUCUGGUUUAUGUGUUACUGACAUCAGAGCAGAAGAUGGAUGUGUUUGAUCUGAAACAGUUUAUUGGAGCACAACAUACAACAGAUGAAGUUCUUCAGAAUCUGUUACAUGUGGUUAAAGAAUCCAGAUCAGUUCGGCUAUGUGGAUGUAAUCUCACUGCUCAGUCUUGUGGAAGAUUGUCUUCAGCUCUACAAUCAUCAAACUCUGUCCUGAGAGAGCUGGACCUGAGUAACAAUGACCUGAAGGAUUCUGGAGUGAAGCUUCUUUCUGAUGGACUGAAGAGUCCAAACUGUCAGCUGGAGAUACUGAGGCUAUGUGGAUGCAAUCUCACUGUUCAGUCUUGUGGAAGUUUGUCAUCAGUUCUACAAUCAUCAAUCUCUUUCCUGAGAGAACUGGACCUGAGUAACAGUGACCUGCAGGAUUCUGGAGUGAAGCUUCUUUUUGAUGCACUGAAGAGUCCAAACUGUCAGUUGGUGAUUCUGAGGCUAUGUGGAUGUAAUCUCACUGCUCAGUCUUGUGGAAGUUUGUCUUCAGCUCUACAAUCCUCAAACUCAAACAUCCUGAGAGAGCUGGACCUGAGUAACAGUGACCUGAAGGAUUCUGGAGUGAAGCUUCUUUCUGAUGGACUGAAGAGUCCAAACUGUCAGUUGGAGAUUCUGAGGCUAUGUGGAUGUAAUCUCACUGCUCAGUCUUGUGGAAAUUUGUCUUCAGCUCUACAACCAUCAAACUCCAUCCUGAGAGAGCUGGACCUGAGUAACAAUGACCUGCAGGAUUCAGGAAUGAAACUUCUUUCUGAUGCACUGAAGAGCCCAAACUGUCAGCUGGAGAUACUGAGAUUGUCUGGCUGUAUGGUGACAGAGGAAGGCUGUGGUUAUGUGUCUUCAGCUCUGAGUUCAAACCCCUCCCAUAUGAGAGAGCUGGAUCUGAGCUACAAUCACCCAGGGGAUUCAGGAGUCAAGCUUCUCUCUGAAAAACUGGAGGACUCAAACUGCUCACUGGACAAACUGAGGUAUGUCAAGCAUGAUGUUUUAUUAUUUCAGUUCCUCAGUGUCUGUGUACACAAGGUCAACAGUCACAGUCGAGUGUUCACAUACUGGCUUUGA